AUGGCGACAACGCUUCAAAAGCAUCGUGGCGCUCUCGCUCUCGUUGGGCCAUACAUCGAUAACUUGGGCAACGACGCUCUGACGUCCAGAGCGAUAGAAGAGAAAUUCGAGCCUCUGAAUUCCGCAUUUCAUAUCACCCUCGUGACGAAGGACGAAUUGCGAAGCAUCUCACCAGAGAAGAUUUCAACCAUCGAGCUUGACACACGGCAUCUCUUCUCGAUUGGACUGGGAGGCAAGCCUAAGGCUGGUGUGUAUUGGGUUGCGAUCAUUUGGGCUGCAGGCCAGCGGAUUCGAAAGCGACUUGGUCUACCACCAAAACACUUCCAUAUCACCCUUUCGGCCAACGACGUUCACGACAUCGACAAAGGCGUCACGACCCUCUUCCCUAGCCAAUUUCCUCAAGAGCCAAGUGUAGAGCUAUUGGAUCAUGUCGCAUUUACCUUUCACGCCUUUGGUCAAUACCACGCCGCGAUAGAGUAUUCAACGAGAAUCGUAUUGCAGAAUUCAGUAUCGCACAAAGGUUUUCUCAGGCUUGCAGACGCAGCUUUUGCUGACAAGCAAAUGAAGCUGGCUAUGCUAGCUUAUGCCUGUGCCCAUCAACGUUCAAGUGAGGACAAAGUUGAAGCGUACUGUAUGAAGAAGCUUGUCGACUGUUCGAAGGACACGGAGUGGGGCCAUGUCUUCCAGGAGUACGAAAUUGGUCAACUGGACGCCUGUAAAGACAUCUCACAACUUCUCCUCGAAUCAUGGCCUCGAGACUUUCGAGACACACUCAGCGAACGAAAACUGAAUCCAACCCUCCUUCUGGAGCCAAGACAGUCGCUGUUCAUUCAUUCGCCCACCAAGCCCUCGUCUCAUUUUCCGAACUUCUACAAGCUUCCUCGGUUCUUCCGUUGGCUCAUUCCAUACCAUCUCGCCAUCAUGUCCACCCCGCGCAACGAAGACGAUAUCGCAGCACUCGCAUCCCCUCCUCUAGGCAUCAACCACGUUUUGACCCUGACGGAAGAAACGCCACUGCCAGAGGCGUGGUUCGAGAACAAGAGGAUAGCAAACACCUUCCUCCCUGUCCCAAACUUCCACCCACCUUCAAUCGAGCAAACGGACCUCAUCAUGCGGCUAUUCGAUGACGAGAAGAACCUUCCGCUUCUCGUCCAUUGCGGUGGAGGAAAAGGUCGGGCAGGAACGGUGGCAGCGUGCUAUCUGGCCGCGUAUGGCUUCAACAAGCCCAAUUAUGCCCAAGACCAUCCAGAACUCACGGCUUCUGAGGCCAUCGCCACCCUCCGAGCAUUGCGGCCUGGAAGCUUAGAGACGCAACAGCAGGAAGCGUUUGUCUCGACGUGGUGCAGCGCGAUAUGGAAACGGCAGUCUGUCUACCCCGAACUACCAUCCGAACCACCACCUUCGCCAAUGGAAGUGGAAGGCAAGUUGGCGGAUAAUGUGGAUCUCUACAUCCUCGUCGGCCUGCCUGGCUCCGGUAAAUCAUGGUUCUCAAAUGCUCUACUUGCACGGGACCCUAAUGGGUGGGCCCGCAUCUCCCAGGAUGAUUCUGGGAGUAGGGCAACGUGCGAGACGGAGAUUGGGCGUGCACCACCCAAAGGCAAACGUGUCCUGCUUGAUCGGUGCAAUAUGUCCCCAGAAGACAGGAAAGUAUGGAUCAAACUCGCUUCCAAUUGGCUACAAUCACCACCUAUAUGCAUUUGGUUCGACUAUGACCCCGCACUAUGCAUCUCGCGAGCGCAGAUGCGAGCUAAUCACCCUACCUUGCGGCCCGGAGGGAGGGUCCGGACUGCCGUGCAGUCGAUGCAGAAGGCUUUCAAACAGCCGACAUUGAAGGAGGGUUUUGGUGCGAUUGUCAGAAUGCAGUCGUUCGCUGCUGCGCUGGAGGCGGUAGAGAGGUUCUCGAGGGUAAAGAUGGGCAUAAUCAAGUUCCCUAGGACGCCACAUUUGCUUGACGUAGGUGCAGCGACGGACGACGACGUGCAUGUCGACUUGAGUACGUUUGGUGCCCGAGGCGGUUGGGCCGGGACUGGGGUACCAUCAGACGAAUCAGAUCAGGUAGUGGUAAUUACAGAGAAGAUCGACGGCGCGAACAUGGGCUUCUCGCUUUCUUCAGACCGCACGCGGAUUCUCGUGCAGAAUCGCUCGCAUUAUGUCAAUCCCGCGAUGCACGAGCAGUUCAAGAAGCUCGGCGCGUGGGUCGACACACACGAUGUCGGCCUCCGACACGUCCUCGACAGAGACCCUUACUUCGCUGAACGCUACAUUUUGUAUGGCGAGUGGAUGUUUGCGACCCAUUCAAUCGCAUACACGAGCCUCCCCGACCUCUUCGUGGCGUUUGAUCUAUACGAUAGAAGCACGGGCGCGUGGGCGAAUAGCGAGAAGCUCAAGGCGGUGUUGGAUGGCACGGACAUCCGGACAGUGCCUAUGUUGUAUGAGGGGACGACGAUGCCCAGUCGGGACGAGCUGUUGGGAAUGAUCCAGCAGAAGUCCAAGUUUUAUGAAGGGCGUGUGGAGGGGAUUUACGUGAAGGUUGAGGGGCGGGGGACCGGUAGUGGCGUUAAGAUGAGAGGAAAAGUCGUUCGAGGGGACUUCAUUGCGGGCAAUGAACACUGGACGAGAGGAAGUUUGAAGCUCAAUGGCCUUGACACGGCCGGUGCUCAGUGA